AUGCAUUCGUUUUCGAAAAUUUUGUUUCUUUUGGUUGGUAUUGGUCAUUUGGUGCUUGGAAUUUAUACUGCGGUUCAUUUGAAUGAGUGAGUUUUUGGGUGGAUUUUAAACGAUAGACGUGCUAUCAACAUUUUUUGCAGGGAGCAGAAGGCAGCGUCUCCAAUCAAGGCAGCUCUCGCACAAUAUGGUGAAAAGGGAUAUACAGAAAGCAAUUCUCAAGUGAAAGGUGUUUUUAUGCCAUUUUUUGUGGCCUUAUUUUGCUUGGUUGUCGCAGUCAUUCCCUAUAAUGGAGUUCUAUAUUUUCUGAUUAUUUUGUGUUUAUUGGAAAUGGGUGGUUUCAUUUGGGAAAUGUUGGCUGUUAAUGCAAUCAAUGAACAGCAAACUGCCUGGUAUCAAAUGGUGCUUAAGGUGGCAGAAGGUUUCGGAAAAUCGCAAAUUUUUAAAGAUGCCGAAAAUGGUCAUAGAAAAAAACGUUUUUGGGCAUCACUAAUACAGAUUGUUACAAGAAUUAUUCCAUAUAUAGAGAAAAUUACUCCAUACUUAGCGAAAAUUGACGUUGUUUUAUCCACUUUGGAGCCAGUGAUGGAUACUCUUAAAGGUAAGAUGUUUCGACCUUUUAAAUAAUCUGGAAGAUUUAUUAAAAUUGAACGAAAACAUUUCAGGGUUUUUUGGUACAAAGGAAAAAGUCGAAAACGUUGUCCACAAAAUACAUGACGAACCGGAUAUCUUGAACUUUUAUCUGAGAUUGGCGAAAGCUCUCGAGAAAAGUCAAUUAUUGUCGGAAAUUGGACUUGGGGCUAGUAUUGUCACUUUGGUAUUUGUUCUUGGAAUGACACUGUAAGUUCUUUUGAGUACACCCAUUUGUCUGAUAUGCGGAAAAAGUAUUGUAGUUUUUAUUUUGCAGCUUCUACACAUGGGAAUACAAAAAAAAGCAAAGUGCGAUGACAUUCCCUCCAUGUGAACCAUUACCACCAAAAUGUGCCACAACAACUACACGACAUCACAAAAAGCCGUCUUCUUCAAACUAUGAAACCACAAUAUCGCAUAUCUAA